UGAAGAUGGGCUGGCUACCGUGGUGUUCUAUCCUUCUAGUCUUGUGCGUGUCGGGCGUGUUUGGCCAUGGUGGACAUGAACAAAUCUUCGUGGCCGAUAAUGCUGAUUGGAUGACGAGGCAUAUGGCUGAGGAGCAUCACAUCUCGUCCUUCGACCCCGGCGUCUUCUUCACCCUCCACGAUUACGAUUCCACCGGCAUCUGGUCGCCUGCUGACAUCCGCCGCACCUACGGCCUCGAAGACGACUCAACCGCCUCCAUUGCUGAAUCCGAGAAGCAGCGCGUCGUAAACGAAGUUCUAUCCCUCUUCGAUAUCGAUAAGUCCGGCACCAUUGACUUCCACGAAUUCACCACACAGACACAGAAUGGGGUCAAGUUGCCUGAUUUUGGGAUGGGGCCUGGACACCAUGGAGAUGAUGAGUAUGAAUAUGAGAUCCAUCAUUGGGAGAAGUAUCAUAGCGGGGACGAUGUCAAGGAGGAGGAUCUGACUCAUCCUGAAGACAUUGAGCAUUUUGCCAAGCAUGAGGAGAUGGAGAGGAAACAAGAGGAGUGGGAGAAGAGGGAAAGAGCCGGCAUUGUGGAGUCAAAUAUCCCGGAAAAGUUUAGGGUAAACUGAGGCUGCGGCUUCAGUCUUGUGCGCUUGUUAUUACUAUACCAAAGGUGAGCCGUCCGCCAGAACGGGGUAUAUGAUGUUUGUUUUACAUUUGAUGCGCCAAGGUCAGAGUUUGUACAGUAUGUAUUAUUGUUUUGAUCCAUGUCCGUUUUCU